CGUUACCCGGCACUGCGCUGUGAGCGAGCCCGUCCCGCGCUGCAGCCAUGCCCGAGCCGGCCAAGUCCGCGCCCGCGCCCAAGAAGGGCUCGAAGAAGGCGGUGACGAAGACGCAGAAGAAGGGCGACAAGAAGCGCAAGAAGAGCCGCAAGGAGAGCUACUCGAUCUACGUGUACAAGGUGCUGAAGCAGGUGCACCCCGACACGGGCAUCUCGUCCAAGGCCAUGGGCAUCAUGAACUCCUUCGUCAACGACAUCUUCGAGCGCAUCGCGGGCGAGGCGUCGCGCCUGGCGCACUACAACAAGCGCUCCACCAUCACGUCGCGGGAGAUCCAGACGGCCGUGCGCCUGCUGCUGCCCGGCGAGCUGGCCAAGCACGCCGUGUCCGAGGGCACCAAGGCGGUCACCAAGUACACCAGCUCCAAGUAGGGCGUCUCGGACCGUCGCUUUUAACCCAAAGGCUCUUUUAAGAGCCACCCACUUUUUCAAUAAAAGGGCUGAAUCAGUGGUUUUAGUGGGGAGGUAUGUAAAUAGCUUAACAUCUGUGCGUUAAUUAUUAAAUCACGUGGUGCUCUAGCAAGUUUAAAUGUACAUACAAAUUUUUUUUAUAGGUUUACCUUGCCUAUGCGCGGUAUAUAAACUUACUCAACCUCUAAUCCGGUUCCUUCUCAAACGGGAUUUGAAAGCAGCUUGUCCAACUCAGAGUCCCGCGGGGGAAGGUGAAAUAGUUUAAUUUUCCUAAGGGUUAAAUGCCUUUUACUCGAAACAUGAAGCAUUUACUUCCAGUGCACUGCAACAUUAAAAUAAAAAAGAUU